GCUUUGUGGAAGGGAAGUAAACAACGGAAGAAAUAUAUGUCCAGGCGGCAAACCUUCAUGAGUAAUAUCGAUUCUGUCGUGAAGAUUCAGUCCUUGUUCCGAAUGCUCGCAGCAAGAAAGAACUACCUUUCACGACUGCAGUAUUUCAGAGAUCAUAAAAAUGAAAUUGUGAAAAUACAGUCACUGUUGAGAGCAAACAAAGCUAGAGAUAACUACAAGAUAUUGGUUGGUUCUGAAAACCCAUCGUUAACAGUAAUCCGCAAAUUUGUACACCUGUUGGACCAAAGUGACUUGGAUUUCCAGGAGGAGCUGGAGGUAGCACGAUUGAGGGAAGAAGUGGUGACCAAGAUCAGGGCCAAUCAACAGCUAGAAAAAGACCUAAACCUGAUGGACCUCAAAAUUGGACUCCUCGUAAAGAACAGGAUCACGCUAGAG